CGUGCCUGACACGGCGGCAGCGCCGACAUACUUGGUGGGCUAGUCGGCCGUUCUCCCGCGUCUAUCCCCGGCGGUCUGUGGCAGACGACAGCAGUCUCCUUCUCUCGUCGCCGCUUCCAGUUGUCGGUGUCCAUCGGUGAAUCUUCAACAUGGCGGUUUUGACUGGUCAAUUGGUCACUCCGGCCAACAAGAUCACCAAGGCUGCUAAAGGGAAGAUGGUGAAGCCGGUAAAGCCGAUAUUGAAGAAGCUGUCACAGUCGCCGAAGAACUCCCUGGAUUUGGAUCGGGGGUGGGAUGAGCAGGAUGUCGAGCAGCUGGAGGUUGGUGGAUGGGAUGAAGGGUACGGGUAUGCAGGGCAGGCGAGAGACGUAACUUUUGCAGUUGCGGGAGGGGAUGGCAUCAAGGUGGGUGGUGGGGGAAGCGGCUUCCGGACGCACCUGAAAUUUCAACACGGCCGGUCUGGUUCCCAAACUUCGGCGGGAAGCGCAUCUCGUGCUGGUUUCGUGCAUCCUUUUGCGCAGACCCCUCGCACAUCCACGCCGCCAUUGUCAUAUGCGAACUCGCUAGCCUCGUUUGAUAAUGGGAGAGAUUGCUCGCCCACCAUCACCGAAAACGAGGACGACGACUUCGACGCUGCGCACAGCAUCGCGCAUGGACAAUCCGUACCGACUGCUUCACGGUUGGAUUUCGCACGGCCCUCACUGAGCAGCCAGCGCACGUCAUCCUAUCACGAAGUCGGCACUAAGUCGAGUCCGCCGUCUCUCCGCAUUCAUACAGGCCGAUCUGUUUCUGGCACUACUGCUGCUUCCUCGCGUUUUGUGCACGGCAGCGUUCCAUGCGGUAGCCACUCCGACCUCCAUGUCGACUCCCAGGGUCUCAGCGUUAGCGUAACUGGCAAUCUCGAUUCACCCACAGGAAGUUUGGGCGCCACCACGUCCCGCCACAAAGAGUCGCUCUCUUCUCCUCUCAGGACAUCGCUCGAUAUGGGGCAAUUUCCGCGCUUGCGGAGCCGGUCCGAGCUCGACACGGUGACUCGGCAAGACCAGAUCCGCGCCGCCCGCCGCAAGUUUGAAGAGCGGGAGAAAAUCAAAGAGGAAGAGUAUGACCGCAAAAUGAUCCGCAAGCGUGAGCGCCGCGAUAACAAGGAAGCCACUCGGAUUGAGAAGGGCGAAGCCCCUUCCCGUCCGUCAUUUCAUCGCAAGAGAACGCCUACAGCGCUCUCGACUGUUUCCGCGCCGCCUGCAGGAACCGCCUCGAGACCGUCGAUGAGUGGCUCUCUUAAACACUCCACUACACACCUGGGGGUUUUCUCGUCUUCUGCUCCAUCUGGGAGCGGUGACGCUGAGCUUGAGAGCCAUACCGAACGACCGAUGGGCUUUGCCAGCCGCGGGUACGAUGAUCUGCCGCUUCCUCGAACGCCGCCGUCUUUCGGGGUGACGGCGCACGACGUGCAGUUUGAGCAGACCCGUCCCAGGAGAGGCAGCGGUACCAAGCGGAAGACGCAGAGCUAUUGGCAGGGAUUUAUUCUUUGGUUGAGGACAAAGCUGCUCCGGAUGAGUAAGCAUUAACCGUCUCCUCUUGUUGGCGCUUGGGUUAUCACGGAACCAAGCUAGGAGCGAAGACGAUACUUGCAUCCCUGCAGCGGCGAUUCACGCGUCCCGACCAUGAACACUAUCUUUCACACGGCUCACCCACCUAACUUUACACAUCAUCCAUCACAACUAGACCGGCUCGAUUGAACGACUGGACGACUUAUGAAUCGGACCGACUCACUUGCUCACUUUUGAGCAUUUACGUUUCACGCAUCGUCCCCCCCCCACAGCAACAGUAGACAGA